AUGGCGCUCACUCGUCUUAUGGAGAAGCUGGAGUAUAAGGAGUUCAGACUGCAGCUCAGGGAGUUCGCCACCCCUGAGACGCAGCAGACCAACGGCACCAACUUCGGAGACAUCCAUGAUCGGGUGGAGGACUUUAACACCGGAGAGCGGUUCGGAUUCGUCCAGGGCAUCUGCACCUACACGCAGACUCUCAACCCCGUGACAGGCAGUUACACGCAAGAGUGUGAAUUCUCCUUCAUCCACAAGGAAGGCUCCUUCACGGUCACGGGCCUCUUUGCGGACACGCCGACCGACCUGGCCGUCGUGGGCGGCACCGGCAUCUACACGGGCGCAACAGGUGUCGCGCGUCAGAGCACCCUGACUGACAACGGCCAGGGUUUUGUGACGUAUGGCUACAACGUCAAGUUCUUCGCCAUCCGUGAGAUCCGUCUAGAGGCGCUCAAGCCUAAGGCGUAG